AUGGAAGUAAAAAUUGGACCUAACUCUGUUGAUGAACCGAAUAUUUUGUACAAAUUACAACGCAAAAUUAAAGUCUUUAACACAAACAACUCAUUACCUAACCGUGGCUACAACCUAGUAGCUAGCUCUAGUAAAUAUGGAAUUGUAUUCAUUGUUUCACCAAAUUGCAUGUUAUCAGCAUACUACCUAAAAGAUCUUGUUAAUAAGGAAUGUGAGCCAUCACAUGUAACAAUAAAGCUACAGCUAGAACCAACACACAUUGCAGUAAACUGUGAUCAAGAAUGGUUGGCCCUUAUUAGCAAAACAAAUCUUUUUGUAUAUAAGAUUGCAGAUUUUCAAAAUCAGAAUACUUUACCAUCCUUCUCUAUAAAGUUAGAUGUGAAUCCAGCAACUUCUGUGUCUUCAGUACAGUGGAACCCAUGCGUCACUGACACUAUUGCUAUUGCAUUCCUUGAUGGUACAUUACUUGUGAGCCAGGUCAAUACCAUGCAAGUUAAAAAGCUGCAAUCUAAUGUGAAAUGUAUUUGUUGGAGUCCCAAAGGCAAACAACUUGUAACUGGCAACAAUGAUGGCACACUGUGCCAGUACAAACCUGAUCUGUCACCAAUGAAAGUUGUGCCCCCACCAAAUUUGUUUGAAGGGGCUGCGGUUGAGGCACUAGCAAUCUUUUGGAUUUCAACUUAUCAAUUUGCUGUGGUUUAUAAAAACGCAACAGAUAACAGCCGACCAGCUGUUACUAUUGUUAAUACACCAAAAGGCGGUCAACCUUCCUGCUUCAAUUAUGAAGACAUCUGUUACAGCAUGGCAUCAAGCAGACCAUGGUACUACUAUCUUCAUGGUUUGUCCCAAUGGAACAUGAUACUUGCAUCUUCAUCAAACAGCAUGGAAAUUGCAACUCUUGGCUCCAAUGAUGGUGCUAAUUGGUUGCAAUGGUGUCAGCCAGAUGAAGCAAGACCAGAACUUCCAUUGACAAACAAAACCCAAGAAAAUUAUCCUGUAGGAAUAUGUGUUGAUACAUGCGCUAUUCAUCAAUUGCCAUGGGGUGAAAAUGAAAUGUUGCCACCAAUGCCACUUCUUCUUGUUUUAUCACAAACAGGCCUAUUAUCAAUUUUCAAUAUUAUCAACCUAAAGAAAGAAGCGCCUUCCAUUUGUACACCCCUUCAACAAUUGUUACUCCCAGCUGCUGUAAUGACAAGGGCUAUACCCGACGAUGUUCCUCAGCCUACAGUUGCGCCUACUUCGACCGCGCCCGUAAAUCAACCUAUGCCACAACCCGUCCAGCCGGCUGCUGUCCAGCCGGCGGCUUUCCAGCCACAACCCCGCCCAGCCGGCUGCGGUCCAGCCGGCGGCUUUCCAGCCACAACCUGCCCAGCCGGCUGCGGUCCAGCCGGCGGCUUUCCAGCCACAACCUGCCCAGCCGACUGCGGUCCAGCCACAACAACCACCGCAACUGCCACCUCUGGACUCUUUUCCAGUGCAGCCCCUAAGAUUAGUGACACAAAGCCCGUUGAUGCGAAACCACAAAUACCUGUUGUUCACAACCCGUCAUCACAGACCCCACCGCAGCCGGUAACGUCAGCAGAAGCGCCGAAACCGCAAACGCCGAUACAAACGCAGGAGAUGAACGCGCUGAAGAACGAACAGGAGAGGGUGAACAAAAUGAAAGCGAACGAGGAACUAAAGAACAUGCUGAUAAGGGAGGUGAACGAUUUCCAAAUGGAACUGCACAAGUUUAUGGUGAAGACGAGAGAAGCCCACAUCAAGCUCCAGAGGGACAUCGAAUCGAUCAAUACGGAUUUCGGUAUCCAGCCGAAGGACGUGGAGCACUUGAAAAUCGAUUGCUCCAUAGAGGAAUUGCGCGAGGCGAUUGUCCAGUUGAAGUUGGACCUUGUACGUGCUUGCGCCGUAGUAGCGGAGGUCCGGACGCACACAGACACGAAAAACUUACACGAGUGGAGCCAGGCCGACCCGCUAACUAUGAAACGUGUCGCGUCAGUGAAGAAACUCUCUUAUUACGUACAAAAUCAGCUGGACCAAGCGCACAGGGCCCUAGACCACAAGUGGAACGAAAUGGCCGCGAGGAAUGCCAACGAAAAGCCAGGGCAGCGCAUGCUGCGUCCGAUUCUCGACGACAUCUAUCAGCCCCUGGUGAAGCAACAGGAGAUACUCAGCAGACAGCAGGCGGUACUUCGAAGCCUGAGGAAUACCCUCAAGGAGUGCGGCGACGUGGCACCCAUAUUCAAAACCACAACAAUACUCAGAAGCACCCCCUUUAGGAGCAAAGCUGAUCCACUCUCCAAGCUGACAAAGAAUAUCCUCAACAUGAGCAUUGAGCCCGAUAAAGACAAAGUCAAAGACCAGAAGUCGAUAAAUCAAAAGCUCGACGCGCUAAGGGACAUGCUGUCCAACCACAAAACGGUCAAAAUUAAACCGGUCGACGUCGAACUGAAGCAACAGCUGAUCGCCAUGCGACUCAACUACGAGAGGAGUUUGAGGGAGAAAGAAGCAAAGGAGAAGGAGAAGAUAAUGGAAGCCGCAAAAGUGAAACUCGAACCAGAAAGUCCGAAAAUUGAUCCGUCUCAAAUACUCCGUGAUGUGAAACCUCAAGAAUUCAAGCCAGAAAUGAAAGCUGUGCCGCCUAUAACGGUCCCCACUUAUACGCCAGUCAGCAACGCGAAGACAGUCAAACCGGUGUUGGCUAACGUAGCGAGAACACUUUUUACAGAAGACGAAUCGAAGCCGCAAACCGUGCAAUUUGCACCCAGCCGCGAGGCGCAGGCGCCAACCGCAAAGCCCGAACAGCCGAAGACCAACCAGACAGUCACCACUACGACCCGCAUAAUGCUAAAGGGGAUGCUGCAGAACAAGUCGCUGGCCAACGCAGAGAAGAGCGACGCGAACACCUUCAUGAGCCAAAAUAUAUGCUCGCCCUCCGCUUUCAAUUUCUCGAAGGGCGCAACGGCGGCGCCCCCAGCCGUGUUCUCGGCGAAACCGAUCGCGGACAUGAGCGAAAUGCUGAGCAAGCUGCCGCAGACUACCGAGACCGGCGAAAGAGCAGGGCUGCCACCGCAAAGUCCGCCGGCCGCCACGUUCACGCUAAAAGCGCCACCCCUAGCCCAGUCGAACGUUCCAGACGUUUUGCGAACCGCCAACUUCAAGGCCGAAGCGAAAACCAUAGACGCGAAACCGGGCAAAGAGAACGCCCGCGAAAAUUCCAAGCAAACCCAGGCGGCGGACGAACAACCCAAAGCGUUUGGUCUAUCGGUUAAACAACCCACUGCUGUUGCGCCCGCUCCGGUUGUGACGUCAUUGUCUGAAACCAGUAAGGUCGAAGUGAAAACCGAAACGACGAGCGGUAACUCUGAUUCGACGGAGAAAUCGGCCACUUCUGUGUUUAGCGCCGCCAAUGCUGCUUCGGCUGUUCCGAAACCACUACCCGUGUUCGGGGCAGCGGCAUCCCAGGCGACGACAGCAUUCCCAUCUACCCCCACCGCGACCACCACCACCACAGCUGAACCAACUACGAAGGCCGAAGCGACGCCAGCUGCGUCCGCCUCCUCAAUAUUCGGGAAAGCGGUGGCGUCCCAGCUCCCUGCGUCUCAAUCUGACCCCAAGCCCUCGUCCCCGACUGGCUCCAUAUUCGCAACGUCCGCAACCUCGACCGCCAGCUUAUUUGGAAAUUCGAGCAUAUUCGGAAGGCCGACGACGACCACCGCAACGACGGCGUCGAGCGCCCAAUCGAUCUUCGCCAGCGCCGCCACCGCCACACCUGAGGCGCCAAUAUCCACCUCGACUGCCACCUCGACCACUUCCCCGCAAGCCGCAGCCGAAACGUCAACCGUUACAGCGACAGCUGCUGCGACCACCGCACCCGUCUCUCAAACCCAGCCGCUGGCCACCGCAGCCUCGCCGUCGACGACCACGACCGCGACCGCAGCAACGACCACGGCCGCGGCGGUCACGACCACGGUGGCGACCACGACCACAGCUGCCCCGAUGUUCGCGCCCUCCGCACAGGGGGCUACCGUCCCGGCGCGCUUCCCCGUCUUUGGCGGCACGUUGGACCCCACGAACAGCGUGUUCGGGGCCGCGAAGAAUACGACAGGCUCUCUAUGGCCGCCGCCGACGGGGCACAGCUGGACCGGCUCCUCGGAGUUCGGCGGGGCGCCGUCGCAGCCCUCGAUGUUCGGCACGCCGACGCCGAUAUCUUCCACGCAGUCGGUGUUCGGCACGCCGACGCCGACAUCGUCCACGCAGUCGGUGUUCGGCACGCCGACGCCGACAUCGUCCACGCAGUCGGUGUUCGGCACACCGACGCCGACACCGUCUACGCAGUCGGCGUUCGGCACCCAGGCGCCGGCGUCCGUGCAGUCGGUGUUCGGCGCGCCGACACCGUCUACACAGACCUCGAUGUUCGGCACGCCGACGCCGUCCACUCAGGCGUCGGUGUUCGGCGCGCCGACGCAGACGCAGAGCGUUUUCGGCGCGCCCCCAGCCACCACGCAGUCCGGCUCGAUAUUCGGCACCGCCGAGACGAACCUGUUCGCGGCCGCGACGAUAUCCACGACGAGCGCGCCGUCGCCCACCAGCGGCGGCAGCAUAUUCGGCACGAGCGGUGGCGGUUCCGUGUUCGGCGACGGAAAAGCUAACGUGUUCGGAGGCAAGACCACUUUCGGACAGUCGGGCCAGUCGGCGGCGGCCAUUUUCGGCGGGGCCAAUUCCACCUUCAAACAGAACUCCCCAACGAGCUUUUGGGGCGGCGGCAACGCUUCAGGCGGGAAUGUGUUCGGCUCGAGCACCUUUGGUCAACAAGCGACGACCCAAGCAUCACUGUUCAGCGGCGGAUCCGGUGGGAGUUUCAGUGCCCCUUCCACUGGCCAGCCUUUGGGCAGCCCUCAACCGAACGCCUUUGGGGCCACUGAAGCCAAGCCAGUGUUUGGCUCUCCCCAGCAGCAAACUUCCCCAGCAUUCGGCGGCUCCGCCGUGUUCGGCACGAAACCGGUAUUUGGACAAACCACUGGCUUCGGAUCGCCUACGGGCGGUUUUGGUGGGUUCGGCGGAUUCAACAAGAGCCCUAGCAGUGGCUUUGGGGCCUCCGCGUCCUUCGGCGGAGCGCCCGCCUUCGGGGGCUCCGCUUUCGGCGGCUCCUCGCCCGUGAAGAUGUUCGGGGGCGCUUCGCCCACUACCGGUUUCGGAGCGCCCACGCAGUCGAACUCAACAUUCGAGACUCUAGCAACGCAAAACACUCUCACUUUCGGGAAUUUGGCGCAGCAGUCCGCCCAGCAAAGCCAGCCCCAACAACCCAGUUUCAACACUUCCCCGUCGUUCACUGGCUGGCGAGGC